GUAAUUAUAUGAUUAAAAGGUACUCAACUAUGGAGUUGGUGGAAUGUACAGACCCCACCUUGAUGCAAUGUAUGAAGCUGCUGGCAAAUCAUCAGGACCUGAUACAAUUGAAUCUGGGGACAGAAUAGCAACGGUUAUGUUUUAUCUUUCUGAUGUAAUGUAUGGCGGGGCAACUGCGUUUCCUAAAGUUAAUGCCAGGGUAGAGGUUAAAAAGGGAUCCGCUGCUUUUUGGUAUAAUAUGCACCCUAAUGGUGAUGUAGACAAUAGAAUGUGGCAUGCAGGAUGUCCUGUACUUGUCGGAUCAAAAUGGGUGAGCAAUAAGUGGAUUCGAGAAAAUGGACAACUCUUUAAAAAACCUUGUGAACUAAUCCAGCAUUUUCAACAUGAACAAAAUACACAGUUAUAGCAUAAUCUUUACAAAUCUUAUAAUAUGUAGCUGAUAAUCAAAACAUGAAUACACAGAUACUUUGAAAAUGUUGGUUUUAAAAGCAUAUGCUAAAUUUAUGUUUUUAUGUGUGCAUUAUUAAUUCAACGUCUGUUCCUUCACUUGUUAAAUCGUUUAAUAUAGAUAUAAAAAGUU